AUGUCAACCGAUCAUGCUCGCGUACCCGAGGAAGUCGAUCCUCAUUCAGAGUCCGAUUACCCAAACGACGUGGACGCUGAGAAGGAUAUCUCACCGCAAGCACCCCCGGGAUGGAACAAAACCAACCCCCCUGACGGUGGAAUCACUGCAUGGCUGGUUAUUCUAGGAGCGUGGAGUGUGCUGUUCUGCAGUUUUGGGUGGAUCAAUAGCGUUGGAAUUUUUCAAAAUUAUUAUGAGAAGACUUUGCUACGCCAGUACUCAGCCAGCACGAUUGCGUGGAUCCCCUCGUUGCAAAUCUUCUUCAUGUACGCGAUGGGACCCGUCGUCGGUCGCUUGUAUGAUACAUAUGGUGCCCGUUACUUAAUACUGGUCGGCUCACUGCUUCACGUCUUUGGUCUGAUGAUGUGUUCCAUAUCAAAGGAAUACUAUCAGGUGCUCCUUUCGCAAGGCGUAUGUAGCGCCAUCGGGGUGUCGAUUAUUUUCCAACCAGCAAUCAGUGUCGUUCCAGACUGGUUUGACAAGAGACGCGGUGCAGCCUACGGCAUCGUGUCGAGCGGAUCCAGUGUGGGGGGAGUGAUUUUUCCCAUCAUGAUAGAGCGAUUCAUCCCAGAAGUGGGAUUCGGGUGGGCAAUGCGGAUAGGGGGGUUCCUGAUUCUGCUUUUGCUCAUCAUCGCAAACCUGACUAUCCGGUCUCGCCUGCCACCCUCGCCUCAGUCUCUAACGCGGGCCGCGCUCAGCCAGCCAUUCCGCGAUUCCAAAAUGGUCCUGGUGAUUGUAGGAUUCAUGUUGUUGACAUUCGGGGUGUUUAUUAUCAUCAACUACUUGGUCGUUGAAGCUCUCUCUCAGGGUAUGGGGUAUGAUCUGGCUCAGUAUUUGCUUGCUAUUCUCAACGCUGGAAGCCUAUUUGGCUGUGUCGGUGCGGGUGUGCUGGCCGACCACUUGGGCGCCUAUAACAUCUUCGUUUCGGUCUGUUACCUGGCUGGGAUCUUGAUCCUUGCGCUCUGGAUUCCAGCUGCUGGAAAUGCAGCCAUCAUCGCAUUUGCAGUCCUGUUUGGCUUCGCUUCCGGCGCAUACGUAGCGCUUGCUGCUGCCCUCGUUGUCAAAAUUUCUCCGUUCCAGCAAAUAGGAUACCGUAUCGGUCUUAUCUUCCUCUUUGCUUCCGUCAGCGGUUUGACCACCAACCCUAUUGCUGGGGCCAUCCUGGCCGACAAUAAUGGUUCAUAUAUUGGCAUGAAAAUCUUUGCUGGUGUACUCCUGCUGGUGGGGACAACGUUGGUCUUUGCAGCUCGACUGAAGCUUACCGGGUUCAGAUUGAUUGCAAGAUUCUAG